AUGGGGAAUCUCCAGGAAAGACGGGGUGGGUUCAGGCGGCAUCACGCUGCUGUGGGACUGGCCAGCCACCCACGGAAAGCCCGGGGGCUCCGGGACGCACAGGUCCAGUGGCCCCCGACUCUUACAGCUGGCUCUACUAGGGAUCAGUUUCCACUGUUGACAACGAAGAGGGUGUUCUGGAAAGGAGUGCUGGAGGAGCUGCUGUGGUUCAUCAAGGGUUCUACAAAUGCCAAAGAGCUCUCUGCAAAAGGUGUGAAGAUUUGGGAUGCUAAUGGAUCACGUGAGUUCCUGGAUAAGCAGGGUUUCAGCACCAGAGAGGAGGGGGAUUUGGGACCAGUUUAUGGUUUCCAAUGGAGGCACUUUGGAGCAGAAUACAAAGAUAUGCACACAGAUUAUUCCAACCAAGGAGUUGAUCAGUUGCAAAAAGUGAUUGAAAUGAUCAAAACCAAUCCAGAUGACAGAAGAAUCAUUCUGUGUGCUUGGAAUCCCAAAGAUAUUUCUCUGAUGGCUUUGCCUCCAUGCCAUGCCCUUUGCCAGUUCUAUGUUCUAAAUGGUGAAUUGUCUUGCCAACUCUAUCAGAGGUCUGGAGAUAUGGGACUAGGAGUGCCUUUCAAUAUUGCCAGCUAUUCACUGCUCACAUACAUGAUUGCCCAUGUCACAGGGCUAAAGCCUGGAGAGUUCAUUCACACAUUAGGAGAUGCUCACAUUUAUCUGAAUCACGUGGAACCUCUAAAAGUUCAGCUUCAGAGGGAGCCAAGACCUUUCCCCAAACUCAGAAUUCUUCGUAAGGUUGAAGACAUCAGUGACUUUAAGGCGGAAGACUUUCAGAUUGAAGGUUAUAAUCCUCAUCCACCUAUUAAAAUGGAGAUGGCUGUUUAAUGCUUCUAUUAAUGUGGAAAUGUACCCAAGCUACAUAGCUUUCUCUGUACUUAAAGUUACAGGUUUUUUAUAUACUUGAAAAGAUACAUACUUUAUUAUUGAAAAAAUAACAGAUACUAGCAGACCAGUGCUGCCCUUAGUACUAAACUCUAGUCGUACAGAACAGAUG